UUGAAUAACCAAAUAACCAAAUCUUAAUUGCGCCCAAAAUAGUUAAAUUGUUUAUUGACGAACAUGUGAGUGAUCCAGUCUUCACUAAUCACUCAGAGGUGGAUUCGUAAAUUGCACCCUCUCCAGAUCUACAGACUACACUGGAAGAUCCGAUCAUCAACCCGUUUACCCGGUCUCUUCAGGGACCUUGAACUUCAACAACAGAGCAAAGGACCUAUCUUUGUUAAUGUUAUCUCUCGCAUUCAAUCUACUAAGAUGCUUGGUGGGAAAAGUUACAUACUCAGAGGCAGUGUAUCACUUGCCUUAGUCAUCCUCAUCCUUUUCAUGAUAACCCUCCUGGUCUCCGAAGAUAACCCGCUUCACACUUCUCUCUUUGAUGUGAAACGUCAAUUCACAGCUUCUUCUUCUUCUUCUUCUUCAGUUUGUAACUUUGCAAAGGGGAGAUGGGUUAAAGACAGGAACCGACCAUUGUAUUCUGGUUUUGAAUGUAAACAGUGGUUGUCAACCAUGUGGUCUUGUAGAGUAAUGGGCAGACCAGAUUUCUCAUUUGAGGGUUACAGGUGGCAACCGCAAGGUUGCAACACGCCUAACUUUGAUAGAUUCACCUUCUUUAAUAGGAUGCAGAAUAAGACGAUAGCAUUUAUAGGAGACUCGUUGGGACGGCAACAGUUUCAGUCUCUCAUGUGUAUGGCCACGGGUGGUGAAGAGAGCCCAGAGGUUCAGAACGUGGGAUGGGAGUACGGUUUGGUGAAACCCAAAGGAGCCAUUCGUCCUGAUGGUUGGGCUUAUCGGUUCCCCACCACAAACACAACCAUCUUAUACUACUGGUCAGCUAGUUUAUCUGAUUUAGUACCCAUGAACAACACUGAUCCACCUCAUCUCACUGCAAUGCAUCUUGACCGUCCACCAGCGUUCAUGAGAAACUACCUCCACCGUUUCGACGUAUUGGUUCUAAACACCGGCCACCACUGGAACAGAGGCAAGAUCGAAGGAAACCACUGGGUGAUGCACGUGAACGGAACACAAGUCGAAGGAGAGUUUCUCAAGGACAUCAAAGACGCUAAAGAUUUCACAAUACGCAGCGUUGCGAAGUGGCUGGACGCACAGCUUCCGUUGCAUCCGCGUUUGAAAGCUUUCUUUAGGACGAUAUCUCCGAGGCAUUUUAGAAACGGAGAUUGGAACACGGGUGGGAACUGUAACAACACGGUCCCUUUGUCUAGAGGAAGCGAGAUCACAGGGGAUGAUUAUGGAUCGGUUGAUACAGCGGUGGAGAGUUCUGUGAAUGGGACAAGGAUCAAGAUUCUCGACGUAACUGCACUCUCUGAGCUGAGAGAUGAAGCUCAUAUCUCAGGGUCUAAACUCAAACCAAGAAAACCGAAAAAGGUGAGUAACGUGACCUCCACUACUCCGAUUGUCAACGAUUGCUUGCAUUGGUGCUUACCUGGGAUCCCAGAUACUUGGAAUGAACUAUUCAUUGCUCAGAUUUAAAGUAAUCCAACACCAUUCAUUAUACACAAAGUGUAGUUCAGUGUAUUUGGCUCUGUUAUAGAAAGAUUUUGGUUUUUUGUUUACAUUCUUUUUAGGAGAAAAAAACAAAGACUACAGUUUGUCAUACAAAUAGUGUUAGCGUUUGCUGCGGUUGAGAACGAAUCACGUUUGAUAGUUCUGCA